AUUUUUUAAAAAUUAAAAUUCAGUAAAUACAAUUAAUGUUUUUGAAGUUUAUAAUUUUUCAUUAUUACAUACAUUGAAAAUAUGAAAUAUUGAUUUUUAGAAGCAAUUGUAACACUUCAAAUUCUUUAUUCCAUCAUAAUUUCUUAUGCCACCUAUAUUUUCGACCAUCAAUUGUGCUUCAUUAAUAUUCCCUUAAAAAGAAUUUAUGAAUAGUAGUGCAUUGGUACAAUCUCAAAAAGUCAACCAUCUUGUAGUCAUUAAGCUAAGCAAACCCCUUAAUUAUUUUAUUACACGUUCACCCCGCCGGAACCAUAGAUCCAUAACGACAGAACUUUGAUCCUCAUGAAGCCCGGAGAUUGUUAAACUAUGGUCAUGUCACGAUUAGGCUUCUACUCUUCUUUCUUGCUUCUGUUACGGUUCGUUGCCGCUCAGAGCAGCAGUGAACAAGGGGCAGGUUUCAAUCCAACCACGGCUAUAGUCAUGAUCGUACUCGUCAGCGUUUUUUUCUCACUCGGAUGUAUCUCCGUCUACAUGCGAAGGUGUCUCGAGCAAGCUCUAGGCAUCGAGGACGGAAGAUCCGGCAACCCGGGAAACUGGCUUAACGUUAGGCAGCAAACGCCACGUGGACUCGACGCUUCUGUCAUAGAAACUUUUCCGACGUUUCGUUACUCUACCGUGAAGACGUUGAGAAUCGGCAAAGAAGCGUUGGAGUGUCCCGUUUGCCUCAACGAGUUCGAAGACGAUGAAACGCUGCGUUUGCUUCCUCAAUGUUGCCACGUGUUCCAUCCCGGUUGCAUAGAUGCUUGGCUAAGUUCUCACGCCACGUGUCCCCUCUGCCGCGCCAAUCUCGUUCCUGCACCGGGUGAGUCUGUUUCCUUCGAGAUCUCCGGUUUAGCUAGGGAAUCCGGUCAGAGCUCUCCUCUAACGUCGAUUGUUAAUGAUAACCGGAGAAUGGCUUUGGCUUCUCCGGACGAGCGGUUACUUGACUCAGUGGUUUGGACAGGUAACCAAAGCAUGCCACGUAAGUCCAUGUCUACUGGGUGGAAACUAGCCGGAUUGUUUAGCCGGUCAAGUUCUUACGGUCAGACCGGGGAGAAUCUAGACCGGUUCACGCUAAGGUUACCGCAGGAGAUACAUGAUCAGCUCGUGAACCAAGGGUCAAAAGGCCCCGUUGCGCUACCUCAAGUGAGGAGCUCGAUACGAGGGUACAGAACGGGAAGCCUAGGGAAUGAAAGAAACUAUUUCUAUUUUGAACGGUUCGAUCAAGACGGUCGGUUCGACCGAAGACCUUUUUCUAUCACUCCUCCGUACCGGACCGGCUUCAGCAGGUCUCCGAGUGGGGUUAUCAACGGGGGAGAUGAUUAUCAGGAACGUACUGGUGCACCCAAAAGUUUGCUUUUAGCAAUAAGGUCACCAUUUGAUCGGUUAUUCACUGGAAAAAACAAUGUAGGUGAACGUUCUUACCUACGAUCCGGUGAUGCGAGUUCUGUGUAGACGGCUGUGUAUAUAAUUUCUUAAUCAAGAAAUUCAAUACCUCCUUCUGCUGAAAUGAAAUAAAUGUUUUUGGUUUAUCCUAAGUUUUCUGACUGUCAAAACAUCAAACAUAACAAGAAAACCAUGUUACUAAGUUUUUUGAGAGAGGGCUAACCAUUACUAAGUUAUAUGUUAAAACUACGGAGAGAUUCAUUAACCAAAAGUUCAAAACGACCAUGACGGAAAUAGAGAACGGAUAGAUAGAGGGCAGCAACAUGGAGAGGAAAAAGGGCUAUGACUAGAUCAUCGAGAAAACCGAUCAUUUCCAAGAAUACUGACAAGAGAUGGAUACAAAGUACAGGUGAGUAACGUAAGUUAUUAGAUGAGUGUAUUAUGUGAUUAUAGUCCGGGAAUAAAAUGAGGAACCACCUUCCGGAACUAUAUCAAUUGGGCGUAUUCUGUAAAUUGCACCGACUUUCAGAUGCAUCCGAUCAAAUACGAUGCAGGAAGCAGGUCAUUCUCAAUUGAAAAUCAGUGAAUCCUAAAGAGCGUUAGCUAAUAUCCUCAUAUAAGGAAAUCACACUAGGC